CAUAUAUAUAUAUAUAAUCUAGCGAACAACAACACGAGUCGAAUAUAAGAGUAGCGGUACUAAGACUAUAAAAUUGUACAUCCUAUACACCAAGACCCGUCCUAGUUUAUUUCUUGAAACGUUUUCAAUCCACUAGUAAUAUAUCAUGUCGUGCUAUGUAGCUGGGCCUAAUGAGGCUCUGAUCGUGUCCGGAGGGCUUUGUUCUGAAGAUGAUAAGAGCUUCAUUGUGGGUGGUUAUACUGUGAUAUGCCCACUGACUACGCAGGUAGACAGACUAUCACUAGAGAUCAUGACAAUCACGCCCAGAUGUGAGAAAGUCGAGACACUACAGGGUGUUGCCCUUACUG